GUGGCACUGGAGUUAAUUAGAUGAUGGUGAGCUGCAGAUUCAGUGUGUGCAGGUAGCUGCAGUGUCUUGGUGAAUCAUGGCUCGAACUGGGUUUUGUUAUUCCAGGCAACUGUUGGACCGCCAUAUGACUGAGGACAGACAAGCGCCCCUGUGGACGUGGACAAACUCCUGUGUUCUGAGGGAGCGCAGGGUGUUUGCUGAAGGAGAAGAUGUGGAUCCAGGGCAGCACUAUAAUCCCACACAGGACAGGCAAUGGAUUCAAAGGCUUCCCAUAUCUGGAGAAGAUGAGAUCAUAAUGGAUUACGCUCCACAGGAUGAGUCCGUACUUUCAGAUGUCUAUGAAGAGGAGGCUUUGCUGAAGUAUCUGAACAGGUUGCCAGGUCCACCUAGUCUGCGAGAACUAAUGCCUGGACUUCUGCGCAGAGAGGUGGAGGUAGCCAUCAGUAAGCUGGGGCUCCUCUAUGAUCAGACCUAUGCAUGGGACAUCUUUUCAGACAUGAUGAGAAGUCAGCUACUAUGCUCUCUCCCAAACGCUGACCUGCCCAAGCAUUUCAGUGACUCAUCGAGAGCUGUCUUGGUGGACUGGAUAAUUCAAGUCCAUGAAGUGUUCCAGUUCUCGGAGGAAACGUUGUAUCUGGCAGUACACCUGUUGAAUCGAGCACUAAGGCUCAUCAAAGUGUCCAUCUCUGGCCUGCAGUUACUGGGUGUUGUUUGCCUUUUUCUGGCUGCUAAAAAAGAGGAAUGUCUGUUACCAGAGGUGUCGGAGCUCUGCUAUCUGAUGGAGAAUGCCUACAGUAAGAAACAGCUGCUACGGAUGGAGAGGAGGGUUUUAACUGGGCUCAAGUUUGAUCUCUAUCACUGUCCCCCUCUUCAUUUUCUUCUCAUCUGUGCUUCCAUCGCACACUGCAGCAAUAAGGUGGUCUGGAUGGCACGAUACCUGUUGGAGCUCUCGCUCUUGGAGGGGCAAUGUGUGGUGUAUCUGCCUGCCCAGCUGGCAGGUGCUGCCCUCCGUCUGGCCCGCAGAAUCCUGCAGGAAGCUCCUUCUGAUGGAGAGAUGGCCUGGUCCAUUGCCUCUAGUAUCCAUAUAGGAAAUGAAGCAGCUCUCCUCAGUAUAAUGCAGAUCAUGGCCAUGGCAGCAGCAAGAGCACAUUCUCGUGAGACCCGUGCCACUUACAUCAAGUUCUCCACUAUACAAACCCUCCAUGUCAGCAUGCACCCUGCCCUGAAAGCUGCCACUGGCCUACUGGGCCUGUCGUGCUCUCAGACGUGAUACACUAACACCAGUGAGGAGGACAAGUGGGGCCGGAAAUGUUCUGGAAUGCUGUAUAGCGCUGCUACUCUUAAGGAGGGAAAGAAAUCCCAACUAUGGCCAGUCAGGAGGUUUGUGUUGCACUGGUUGCUUUAUAUGGACUGAGUUGUUUUCUGUAACUUUUUAUAGUAAUCUUAUGUCACUUGAUGUAAAAGGAUAAAGAAAAAAGUGUGUAUUUGUCUUUUUGUAGCUUUUAAGUGUUUAUCAAUGCUAUGGUGAAAAAUAUAUAUACUGGAAUAUGGUGUCUUAUGGAAUUGAAGCAUUUUGAAACCUU